AUGCAAGAGAGUAAUUUACGUGAUGUCAUACAGGAUAAUUAUGAAAUAAAUCAUAUAGACAACACAGGAUCCAGCCAAUCUAGUGAUGAUAAAAAAACAAAGUGCAAAGACUGCAAUAAAAGCCUUAAGAGUGUACCAUCAUUAUUAAAACACAAUGUAUUAAUGCAUCAGAAAAGAAAGCAUGUUGGAAAGUUCAUCUCAAGAGGCAUGCUGGAGAAAAGUCAUAUAAAUGUGAAUUAUGCGCUGUGUCAUUUUACACAACAAGUGAUCUUCAAAGGCAUAAAAGAGUGCAUUCACGCGAAAAGCCAUACACAUGUUCUACUUGUGGUCAAAGAUUUAGUCACAGCCCUAGUU